AUGACUAGCUUUUUGAUUGCGAGUUCUUUUGCCAAGCGCAGGCCGAUGAGCAAUGUCUCGUAUUCUGCCUCGUUAUUCGAGGCCGGGAAGCCAAGCGUGACAGCUUGCUCCAACAAGGUUUCAUCCGGGGUGAUGAUGAUGACACCUACUCAGUGGAGGUCCCGUCUGCUUUUGAACUUUCCUUCUUUUUGUUGA